AUGUCGACCAGAAAGAAGGAAUAUAUUGCAAAGGUUAAUUACAAGAAUGAUCUUCCUCCCCCUCCUUUACCUCCAAAACUCCUAAAAUACAAUUACUUUGAUAAUGAGGCUGUCGAAUCUCCUCAAUUAAUAACUUCUCUAUACACUAAGACAAAUGUUACUCCGUUAAUCCAGCUAGAUAAGGAGCUCGGUAUGCCAAUAGAUUUAAUUCAGAUUCCUGGUGUGCUAAAUCAACAAGAUACGAAGUUUUUAUAUGGGUAUGACUCUGUUAAGCUGCAGCAAGAAGACCGUGUGUUGUUGAGGGAUCCUCGUGUUGAUAGAAUUACCAAAACAGACCUCUCGAAGGUUACUUUCUUGAGGAGAACAGAAUACAUGUCUAGUACACUGGCAACGAAAAAUGAAAAGAAACGGCCUGCGUCUACUGUGGAUGAUGACGGUGACAGUGCGUUAACACCUUCUCAAAUUGUUGAAAAGGUGGAAAACACAUUCGAUACUGUGGGAAGCGAUCUUUCAAAGCUUUCACAUCCUAAUAAGAAGAAUGUGAAGGCCGUUAAGACCUGGAGCUUGCUACCAGAUACAGUGUCCAUGGACCAGACCUUUUUUACUAUUAAGAUGGUAGGUUCUGCUGCCUUGAACAAAAAAGAAAAGGAUACGGUGGAUAUGACCUCUGCAAUAUUCAGACCUGUGGAGCUGGAAGAAGACGAGUGGGUCUCUGCUUAUGUCACUGAUUCCAAGAACAGUGAAGAGUUGAGAAAGGAACUUGAACAACAAAUAGACGAACUGUCCGAAAACAAUAAUAUUUACAAGUACAGAAGACUAAAUGACUACGACAUGAAACAGAUGCAGCCCUCUGGUAGUGCAGGACUUGUAUCAGAAGUAGUUAUUUCCUUCAAUGACGAUAAGGGUGUAGCAUAUUACAAGCCGCUGCGUUCUAGGCUAGAACUACGAAAGAGAAGAGUUAACGAUGUUAUCAAGCCUCUAGUUAGGGAAAACAACUGGGAUCAGAUAAAUUUGAAGCUAAGGAAACCAACUACUCAGGAAACAAAGCUUAGAGAUAAGAUCAGAAUGAGGUUUGACCCAAUUGACUUUCCAAAUGUUGAUGAUGAUGACGUUGUUGACGACAGCGACGUAAAGCCUGUCGACGAAACACCAGUCGAAGGAACUGAAAAGGUUGAUCAUGCAGCGGAGGCGAUCAAGCAUGAUCAAAACGAUGAGCAGUAG